UUAAUAACAGUUUAUUACAAAUGUCGUUUAGAAAUGCAAGUUAAUUGCGUUGCAUCAACAGACUCGCUAAUAGCUCGUUAGUUUCAGACACUGUCGGCCCUGUCUACAAUAACGCUGUUUACUUCGCUAAUUAAAGGAAUAUUUAAUUAAAACAGACUAAGGAAGGAUUGUGAUAUUGUGCCACAGUGAGAGACAGAAACACAUCGGGAAUCAGUCAUUGGUUGACGACAGUCGAGAAUCCCUCCACUCAUAAUGGCAGGCGAUCUCCGUGGUGCCUCUGGGUCUAAAACCCUCACAUGCCAGCGCUCCCUCCCAGGGACCCCAGUCACUCUAAAACACUUCCCCAUCGACUUACGCACCUCCAUGGACGGCAAGUACAAGGAGAUUGCUGAGGAGCUGUUAGCUCGCAGCCUGACUGACAGCGAGAUGCGCAGUGCUCCGUAUGAGUUUCCGGAGGACAGCCCCAUCGAGCAGCUGGAGGAACGGCGCCACCGCCUGGAGAGGCAGAUCAGCCAGGACAUCAAGCUUGAGCCUGAGAUUCUGCUCCGCGCCAAACAGGACUUCAUGAAAAUCGACAGCACGGCUGAUUUAGAGUCCAUGAAGGAGCAGAACGAGGUGACUGUAGACCAUGCAUCCAAAGAGAGAGAGCCUGUUCUGGAGAGAGAGUUCCAGCGGGUCUCCAUAUCAGGGGAGGAAAAAUGUGGGGUGCCCUUCACCGACCUGGUGGAUGCUGCGAAGUGUGUGGUUAAAGCCCUGUUCAUACGAGAGAAGUACAUGGCCCUGUCCAUGCAAAGCUUCUGUAAGACCACGGCCCACUCGCUGCAGGAGCUGGGGGAGAGACCCCUGGACCUCCGUGUCUAUGAAGAGAUCCCAGAAACACCUGUGGAUGCAGAUGCCCCUGUGCACCCCCCCGUCUCAGAAACACACCCCUACGAGGGACAGGACCCCAAAAACAUGCCGUCUGACAUGGGAUAUGGCUGCAAGAUGGUGGACGGGGUGAUUCACGUGUAUACAAAAAAGACCCACAUGGACAAGAGUACAGAGCUGGACUUGCCCUACCCAGAUUUGCGGGAUUACAUCGCGGAUAUGAAUGUCAUGAUGGCUCUUAUCAUUAACGGACCAGUGAAAUCUUUCUGCUAUCGUCGGCUUCAGUACCUCAGUUCCAAGUUCCAGAUGCACAUCCUCCUUAAUGAGAUGAAGGAACUGGCUUCCCAGAAGAAGGUCCCACACCGUGACUUCUACAACAUCCGCAAGGUGGACACGCACAUUCACGCGUCGUCCUGCAUGAACCAGAAGCACCUGCUGCGCUUUAUUAAACGGGCCAUGAAGAAGUACCCGGAGGAGAUAGUGCACAUAGAGAACGGCUGUGGGCAGACGCUGAUGGAGGUGUUUGAGAGCAUGAAUCUGACGGCAUUUGACCUCAGCGUGGACACGCUGGACAUGCACGCGGACCGCAACACCUUCCAUCGUUUUGACAAGUUCAACGCCAAAUACAAUCCCAUCGGAGAGUCUAUUCUGAGAGAGAUCUUCAUUAAAACUGACAACCACAUCGAAGGAAAAUACUUUGCACACAUCAUCAAGGAGGUGAUGGCAGAUCUGGAGGAGAGUAAGUAUCAGAACGUGGAGCUGCGGCUCUCCAUCUACGGCCGCUCGCGGGAUGAGUGGGACAAACUGGCCCAGUGGGCCGUCAGACACUAUGUUUACUCUGACAACGUGCGCUGGCUCAUCCAGAUCCCGCGCCUCUUUGAUGUUUACCACACCAAGAAACAGCUGGCCAACUUUGAGGAGAUGCUGGAGAAUAUUUUUAUGCCUCUGUUUGAAGUCACUGUUAAUCCACGCAGUCAUCCUGAGCUACACCUCUUCCUUCAACAUGUGGUGGGCUUUGACAGCGUGGAUGAUGAAUCCAAACCCGAACACCACAUCUUCAAUUUGGACAGCCCUUUACCUGCCAACUGGACUGAGGAAGACAACCCUCCCUACUCCUACUACCUCUACUACACCUACGCCAACAUGACCGUACUCAAUCACCUACGCAGGAGGCGUGGCUUCCACACGUUUGUGUUACGCCCACAUUGUGGUGAGGCUGGGCCCAUUCACCACCUGGUUUCAGGUUUCAUGCUCUCUGAGAACAUCUCCCAUGGCCUUCUACUUAGGAAGGCUCCAGUGCUGCAGUACUUGUAUUACCUGGCUCAGAUUGGCAUCGCCAUGUCCCCCCUCAGUAACAACAGCCUUUUCCUAAGUUACCAUCGUAACCCUCUGCCGGAGUACCUGUCCCGAGGCCUCAUGGUCUCUCUGUCCACAGACGACCCCCUGCAGUUUCACUUCACCAAGGAGCCCCUUAUGGAGGAGUAUAGCAUUGCCGCACAAGUGUGGAAGCUCAGCUCAUGUGACAUGUGUGAACUGGCCAGAAACAGUGUGCUCAUGAGUGGCUUCUCCCAUAAGGCCAAGAGUUACUGGCUUGGUCCAAACUACAAUAAAGAGGGCCCCGAGAGCAAUGACAUCCGCCGUACCAACGUGCCGGACAUCCGCGUGGCCUACCGCCAUGAGACUCUGUGUGAGGAGCUGCAGCUCAUCACACACGCAGUGCGCACACAGGAGCUGGAGGCCAUCGAAGAGGAGGACAGUCUCUCCAUGGCUCCUUUUCCCAGCAGACGCUAAAGAGAACAUCAUCUCCUCACACCAUCCUCUUUCCUCUUGCUCCUCCUUUUCCCUCUCUCUCUCUCUCUCUCUCUCUCUCUCUGUCUCUCUCCGUCCAUGCGUGGCAAAGGGGAGGCAGAAGGGGUGGGGUGGGGGCAUAUAUAUUCUGUGUCAUCAUGACUAAAUUUAACCAAACACCUUGCUGCUACCCUUUCAAAAAAAGCCAAGGAUUAAGAAAAAUAAGAAAGAAAAAAAACACAGGGUCUCCAUCUUGUCAAAGUUGUUUUUCAGUCCAUGGGAUUUCCCUUGGGCAUUGAUGAUAAACCCAAAUAUCUAAUCCUGUGUGUGGUUUUACCCUUAACUUUUUUUGUACUGCUGUUGAUAAGCUACAGCCCCUCUCAACUUUCCCUCUUGCCUUGUCUUGCCUUUUUCUCACUGUGACAUUUCUGAUUUCUUUGGUUUUAAUCAGCAUGGCUAAAUCUGGCAGGCCAGACAUGUAGUGCUCGGCUUGUUUUCCCAGUCUGCACAGCCAGUACAGGAGGAGCACUACACGUCUCAUGGCCCUUUCAGUUGAACCGAGUCUUUUUCCACCUCUCUGUCAAAAUGAUGCGAUAGAAUCUGAAAGUUCUCUUUGAUGCUGUUCUUUGCCUUUUAGCUGGUAUUACCCAUGGUGUGCCAGACUCUCUCUCUCUCUCUCUCACAGCCCAGCACACUGUCAUAUGAUCCAGCAUGUGAAGAUGUAGUCCUUUCUCCUCCUGUGGUGAUCAUGGUGGCUAAGCCCCAACACACACACACACACACACACACACACACACACACACACUGUAGAAGCCAACUGAUAUGAGGCUGGAAGCUGCUGCUUCUUAACUCAGUCUCGCUGCAUUAUGAAGCCAAACUCAUAACCCUCUAUUGUUUUAAUGUAGCAAUGCAAACAAAACAUUACAUCAAGGUUGUAUGAGCCUUGUCCGUUAUCUGCCUUACACAUACUCGCCAGACAUAUAAACAGUAUGCCACAAAUUAGCUUCAAAGGAAUUGAUCUCUAAAGGACAGUAGGACCAGACACACAGUUGCUGGUAUAAGAUGUGAUUCAAGGUGAAGGAGAUGUUUUAUGAUAAUAUUAACUGAGACAAAAAGUAUUAAUAGUGUAGACUUCAGAGGACACAUUCCAAAAUGUGAACAUUACAGAAAUGUUCAUUUUAGUUGUAAGUACUGUCUUGAAACAAUCAUAUUGUGCAUCAGCAUAUGCAUUCAUAAAGAAGGAUAGUGUA